AUGCCCAUUUCCGCGAUGUGCCCCGAGGACAACUCCGCAGCCACGGAAGGGGAUGAAAAGUUCACUAGUUUCGUUUGCAAGUUAGAGGCCGAUUAUAUGUGCCCUUGCAAUACACGACUAUAUUACUGUUCUGAGGUUUGUCAGGUCUCACAAUUUGGCUAUGCCGGUCUAAUUGUGGAGACUUUUUUCUGUUCAGUUCUGGAGAAUGUUGGACUUGCAGAUACGAGGUAUGAUAUACCUGUAGCGGCCGUACCGGAAGCAAGGGAGAGACGAGAUGCUCAUGCGCGUGGUAAAGCAGACACUGUGUGCGCCGCUCAGGGUUUCGCUACUGGGAAAGCGUGUGCACCUUCGCACACACCACCCACCGCUGAGUCAAAGGUUGGAGCGGACAGGCGUUCAGAUUGUACGCAACCGGUGGAACUACAGUCACCUGGGCACUCGCAGGUCGAGUCUAUGCUGGCGUGUGCUACAAAGCCACAGACCGUCAGGAAGGAGAACGCGGCAAGUGAUAGUAUAUGUGUGCUAGCGAACACUACGGCGCAGGUCGAGUCAGGCCAAUCGGAUGCAAUCAGAUGGCAAGAAGUUCGGUACCGGCGCGUUGGUGGAUGUGACUGA